GAUGAUGAUAACAUUUCAAAAAUUAAACAACGUAAAACAAAAAAGCGGAAGGACAAUAUCAAACUAUUGAAAAAUUCUGAUAGUAACAAACAACCAAGAAUUGAAGAACAAAUGCCUACAAUUAUCUUAACAAAAAGGCGAGAGGACUCUGCAUACGUUGAUGAUGUCGAUUAUGAAGAAAUUCAUGAUUGUUCAAAUAAUAAAUUAGACAAAUCGAGCAAAAAUGAUUUUCCCGAUGCUGACACUGUUGAUCUUAAUAAAGAAAUAUCAUAUCAAUGGGAUGAUUCAGGAGAUUUAGAAAAGGAAUUAUUCACCCCUCUAGUAAAUGAGUGCUCUUCAUUAAGAGCAAAGAAAGAUUUUAUCAAAGUGUAUCUCAAAGGCAAAAAUUCAAUUAAUCAAUUAUAUGAAAAGGAAGGCCCAAGAAAAGCAUUGGCGGUUUUGAAUAUAGGAUAUAUGAUAUCUCAACUAUUUAUUUUUACUUCUACAUUGCAAAAUCUAUGA